UUAUAGCUUUGUGCCUACUUGGCCGGCGCCUACUUGGGCGUGUCCCCGCUUGAUUAUAUUUUAGUCGAAAAUUGAGAUUUUUCGAGAACGAGAGACUUUUAAAGAUAUUAAACGACCUCUGCUUUAAUUAAUCAGUUUUAAUUUUAAAAAUGUUGGAAAGGUAUUUACUUCAAAUGGGACGUAUCGGAGCUGGCCAUUUGCCUGUUUUAUUUUCAAUUAAUUUUGUUGCUAUGUUAGUCAUCACAUAUUCUUUUUCUGUUUGGAGAGGAGAUGUUGACCCCGUUUUCCCCUAUAUUUCGGCUUCUGGUGAUUCUAGGCCUGAAUCUUGUAUAUUUUCUAUGUUUUUGAAUGUUUGUGCUUUCUUUAUUGCUUUGAUUGUUAUCCUCAGAUACCAUUUGGUCGCCGAAUUACUUUCUCAAAAUUCAGAUCAAGAAGUAGAUCCUCUUAUUUCUUUAACAAAUCGCCUUUCACUUUUUGCUGGUCUUCUCGGGGGUGUUGGAAUGUUUAUAGUUGCUAAUUUCCAAGAAACUGCUGUUAUACAGAUACAUUUGACUGGUAUAAAAAAUUAA